AUGGAGUCAGAUUUGAUUAGUAGUAUAAGCAGUAGUACUAGUAUUAGUAGUACUAGUAGCAGUAAUAAUAAUAGCAGUAGUAGUAGUACUACUAGCAGUGGAAGUAGUAGCUGUAAUAGCAAUAGUUGUAAUUAUAAUAGUGUCAGUAGUAGCAAUAGUCGUAGCAGUAGUAAUAGCAGUAGUAGCCGUAGCAACAAUAGUUGUAGUAGCAGUAGUAGCAAUAUUCGUAGUAGUACUAGUAGCAGUAGUAGAAUAAGUAGUAGUAGUAGUGAAAUAAAUAGUAGUAGUAGUAGUAUAAAUAGUAGUGCUUAG